CUAACAACAUUUUCAAAACAUUAAAAUCGAUUAUCUUCUUCUUCAAGUAGUUGACAGUUAAACACAGCAAGAUUUUCUUGUUUCACAAGGACUCUCUCUUGUCUCAAAUUCUCAAUCUUUUUCCUGUUAAGAUGCAUACAAUUGUAGCAUCCCUUGUUCCAUUCUUCUUAGUAUUCCACAUUCUAGUACCAGUGUCUUCUUCAGAUUCUUUGAUCCAACAUAAUAAUAUUAAUACCAAUAAUACCCUUCUUCAGUGUCUUUCUCUCUAUUCAGAAUCUUCUAAUCCAAUCUCAGAAGUUACCUAUUUCCCAAACACACCUUCAUAUUCACCCACCUUAAACUCCUACAUCAGAAACCUUAGAUUCAACUCAUCCACUACUCCAAAACCAGUUUUCAUUCUAACCCCAUCUCACAUCUCUCACAUCCAAGCAUCAAUCAUAUGCUGCAAAAAAUUCAACCUUGAAAUCAGAAUACGAAGUGGUGGUCAUGACUAUGAUGGUCUUUCUUAUGUAUCAGAAAAACCCUUCAUUGUUCUUGACAUGUUCUUGCUUAGAUCAGUGGUUAUUGACUUAAAAGAUGAAUCUUUGUGGGUUGAAUCAGGUGCUACAAUUGGUGAAGUUUAUUAUAGGAUUUCUGAGAUUAGUAGUGUUCAUGGUUUUCCAGCUGGGGUUUGUCCUACUGUUGGUGUUGGUGGACAUUUUAGUGGUGGGGGGUAUGGUAACAUGAUGAGAAAAUUUGGGUUAUCUGUUGAUAAUAUUUUGGAUGCUAAGAUUGUUGAUGUUGAUGGAAGAGUGCUUGAUAGGGAAUCAAUGGGGGAAGAUGUUUUUUGGGCUAUUAGAGGUGGUGGUGGAGCUAGUUUUGGUGUUAUUGUUUCUUGGAAGAUUAAGUUGGUUUCUGUGCCGGAGAUCGUAACUGUUUUUAGAGUUGAAAAAACAUUGGAACAAGGUGGUGGUGAUAUUGUUCAUCAAUGGCAAUAUGUUGCUGAUAAGAUACAUGAUGGGUUGUUUAUUAGAGUUGUUGUUAGUCCUGCGAAGAGAAAGGGGAAGAAGACAAUUAAGGCUAAGUUUAAUGCUUUGUUUCUUGGUAAUGCAUAUGAGUUGCUUGAUGUGAUGAAUGAGAGUUUUCCUGAAUUGGGCUUGAUUGGUGAACAAUGUAUUGAAAUGAGUUGGAUUGAUUCAGUGUUGUUUUGGUAUAACUAUCCGGUAGGGACUUUGACUGAUAUUUUACUUGAAAGACAUUCAUCAAAAGAGAAAUUCUUGAAGAGGAAAUCAGAUUAUGUGCAGAAGCCGAUUUCAAAAAUUGGGUUUGAUGGUAUAUGGAAGAAGAUGAUUGAACUAGGAAAGGUUUCACUCACAUUCAAUCCUUAUGGUGGGAAAAUGGGUGAGAUUUCUGAGAUGGCAACACCAUUCCCACAUAGAGCAGGUAACAUAUAUAAAAUUCAGUAUUCAGUUAACUGGAAAGAAGAAAGUAAUGAUGUUGCGAAUCAAUAUUUGGAUCGGAUUCGAAAGCUUUAUGAUUACAUGACACCUUAUGUGUCAGAUUCACCAAGAAGUUCAUAUGUGAACUAUAGAGAUGUUGAUAUAGGUGUCAAUGGAGAUGGGGAUGUUAGUUAUGAAAAAGCUAGUAUUUGGGGUAAAAAGUAUUUCAAAGGAAACUUUGAUAGGCUUGUAGAGGUUAAAACUGCAAUUGAUCCAAGUAAUUUUUUCAAAUAUGAACAAAGUAUUCCAUCACUUGCAUCUGAGACUAGUAUAAUGGCAGAAUACAGGCAGCCAUCAAAGGGUGUAUCAUUAUAGGAGGUAUCUAGAAGCAUGUUAAUAUCAUGGAAAACUAGUUCAGACCCAGAUUGAACAUUAAAGUAUGUCAGAAUAUUUGAUUGGUUAGAAGUUAGUACAUUAUACAUUCUCAAAUUGUAUCUUCCCUGCUUUGAGGGACUUAGUUCAUCUGAGUUGUAAGUUGAGAUGGCCAAUGAUGUAUAGAUUAAGAAUUUGGUGUUGUAGGCUUGUAGCUAAUGCCAUUAGGCUGUAGAUUGAUACUUUAAGCAAGAUGAUAUUCUAAUAUAAUUUAUUGAAAGUUUUAGAAAACUUGUUUAGUUUGUUUUGACUAAAACAUGUAUGCUCAUGUUGUCUCAUUUGUUUUAGAAAAAUUAAAGAGUAGGGUGAUAUAAGAUUCCCUCAUUUCAAGUAA